AUGGCCUCCUUCGCCAAGCUGCCGCUCGAGCUCGUCGACGCCGUUGCCACCCACCUCGACGCACCCGCCCUCGCCGCCCUCUCAUGCACUUGCCGCGACUUUCACGCCACUGCCGAGCGGCUUCUUUACCGGGACCUCGCCCUGAGUUCCUAUCAACAUAACAUUCGCGCCGUUCUCUCUAUUGUCGCCCGUCCAGAACGUGCCGCCUACGUCCACACCCUCUCCGUCACGCUCGACUCCCAGACACCGGCCCUGCGCAGCUUCUACAUAGCCUUGUCACAGGCGCUUACAGCCAUGACCGCUCUGACCGAGCUCCAACUGCGCGUCGACCCGGGCGCGAGCUGCAUUCUCGACCAGUUGCCGGCCUCAGUAUCCUACCCAUCUCUGCGCAGCUUUGUCACAUCCCUGCCAUUCGACGCUUCCAUGUGUCACUUUCUCGAGCGCACGCCUGGCCUUCUGAACCUGGAAGUGGCGCCAACAGAAGCUGCAGCGCCGCUAGCCCUCCCAACGAGCGCCGUGCGCCAGCUGACCCAUUAUUCGGGGUCUCUCGCAGGGGCCAAGGCUCUCGUAGGGCGGCCGAUUGUCACCCUCCAUUCAUUCGACGGCGAUUUCUCACUCGAGACCUUAUCCGACUUCUCGAAUGCGCCACUUGGCGUGCUCACAGCGAUGACUGCUGCCCAGCUCGUCCCCUUCCUGCAAGCGCUGGCCGCAUAUGCACCCGAGCUGGUCUAUCUUCGCCUCACCGCCGCACUGCCGUUUGGCAGGGACUCGCCAUCUCCCGAUGCCAUGUUCUAUGAACAGGUCGCGAGCGCCCUUGAUGCUCUGACGCAUUUGGUUGACUUCGAGCUCGAAGGCAUGCACUGGCCGUGCCACACGGAAGAAGACUCCACCCGUCGGGUCUGGCAGCGUGUGCCCUCGACUCCCACUCCGUCAACUCCAGUUCUCGAGCACGACGAUCUCUAUUCGGAGCUCGAGUUACUCUACUGA